CAUACGAUAAGCAGCAUAAGAAACUAUAGGUCUACGAAUUGCUGGUAACAAUAUUUAAAAGGAAACCUAGGUUUUGUUGGCAGUAGUGGGUAUUGCUUGUGAAAUCAACAAUUGCACAUGUUAAUAAAAGUCACUCAGAACGGAGCGCAAUUCCGCAACCCGCUGGGCAACUCUAUCCCAAAUAUAUCCAAACAGAUCGAACCGCUGUAAUUUAAUAAGAAAAAAUCCAAAGGACUAACUUAAAAAACAAAUAAUGGGCAAUGAUCGUUCUGGGAGCUGCAGAAGGAAGAUGAAAAGAUGGACCCCAUCAGAAGAGAUAUGUUUCCUUGAUUCGUGGGGCAAAAGAGCCGAGCAACUUAAGCGAAGCAAAAAGCAUUCUAUUGUUUAUAAAGAAAUGCGAGAAGACCUCGCAAAACGUGGUUUUUUCGUUGAAACAAUGGACAUAAAAACAAAAAUAGAUACUUAUGUUCGUAAGUUCAGAGCCGAACGGGCAAAAAAUGUAGUAUCCAAGUGGAUUCACUUCUCAAGGGUGGGUCAAAUACUGGAAUCAAUGGAUGUAAGCAUGGUCAGCCGACAUGCAGAUUACAACGAACAUGCCAGUUUUAACUCCGUUUACAUUGAGGAAUGCGAUUCAAUGAAGCUUACCGAAAAUACCAAAUGCUGCGCCGAAGAGUUUGUUCUAGAACCCUAUUUUCCCAAUAUAACGAUGCUAGACAAUUCUCAUAAUGAAGACGACUGUCAGCUUAACCAAAGUCGCGUAUCAUGUACGGUAUUAGACGAAAAAUACUUUAAAAAUCACGACUAUGAGUUUGGCCAGCUUGUGGCGAAGGAGUUGAAUGGGUUGGACGAAGACCUGCGUGUUGAUGCCAAAAGAAAAAUUUUCAACAUCUUAUGCGAUGUAAAAAUGCUGCAAAUUGAUCGAAACAAGUAACAUAAUAUAGUGUUAAUAUUUAAAAUUAAAAUGUUUACAAAUUUUAACAACGUGGCAUCGCCGCCAACAGCUGCUAGUGUUUCUUUUCAUGGUACAUGAAAAAUACAGGUUCAAAAUAAACUGGCGUAUGACGUCACAGAGCGGUAUUUAUUGUCUCCAGGCCAUGAAAUUCGAGUUUGUGUCGUACCAGCUACACAAUGCAACGCUGGCAUAGGAACCUUAACAUUUUAUGCAUUGUUUUGAUUUAAAUGCUUGGGUGAAGGCUACAACUCGCGACAAACAAAAGUUUUAACUUAAGCAAACAACGAUUUUAAAACAUUUUAAAUGAGCGGCAAACGAAGGUGCUGGACGCCCUCGGAAGAGGAUAGAUUUUUGCGCAUCUGGUACAGCAACCUGGGUGCAUUGCAUUGUGGAAAAAAACGAUCCGAAGUUUAUAGGGACUUGGAAGUCGAGUUCAUUAAUCAGGGAAUCGACAUAUCGGCGGCACAUAUUAAGGCUAAAAUGGAAUCGUUUAAAAGGAAAUAUUGUCAUAUUAUAAGGGAAAACAAACCAAGGAAACAAUGGAAAAAUUUUGACAAAAUGGUCGCUAUUAUGGAAUAUCAAGAAGAAAUGAAAGAAACUCGAUUUGAGAGGCCAGAAGUAAGCUCAGAUGGAACUUUUAGUUCUGUCUAUGUCGACGAGGUGCCUCCCAUGCUUUUCAAUGAAGAAGAAUACUCACAAACUGAAGACGACGACAUUAAGACAACGUCCUCAUCCACCAUGUCAACAGAUGGACCAUUUCCAAGAAGAGCAGAGCAUAAGCACAGCAGCGCACAUAAUGCCAAUGCUUCAGAAUCGACUAUUUCCAACGCAAUUUUAGAAAAACCUAAGCAAAGACGUAGACAUUGGAUUCUGCAAGAAGAACAAGUAUUCCUGGAUGUGUGGCAAAAGUACGUUCGAGAUCUGCGAGGCGAUAGAAAAAAGUCGCAUGUAUAUAAGGACAUGGAAUUGGAGUUCCAUAGUCAGGGAAUUGAAAUCAGAUAUUCUGAUGUCAAAGCGAAAAUUGAAUCGUUAACUCGUAAAUUCCGCAAAGAGAGGGAUAGCGUGGGCUUCGAUUCAGAGUGGAUUCACUAUGCUAAAAUGGCAGAACUUUUGGGCGCUUUAGAAGCCACCCAGUUCGAUCAGUACUCCGAGAACAGCGGAAGUUCUAGUUAUUUUGAUGAGUCGUCUAAUUGGUUCGAUGAAGUCAUGCCUAUCUAUCCUAAAACAUGCUUGAAAUAUGAACGUACUUCGCUUGAUUGCAUUGAGGACGAGCCGCCUUCGAAAAAAGCUAAAGAGCCUGAAUCGGAUACCAACAGCUCAGUAGAGCAUAAUGAAAAUGCUCAAGACGGAAGUAGACUUACAGAACCAGAAGACAUCGAAUUGGAGAUGCAGCAUGAUGACUCAACAGAACAGCCAAACGUUGGCCAAUCGACCCGCAAAGCACAACUAACCGAACAAUUUGGUAAAUUUGUUACCAAGGAGCUGAGCAUGUUAAGCGACGAUUUGCUAAUAGAGGCAAAAAGAAGAAUCUACAAUAUUAUUUGUAUUAUGCAAAUGAAACAAAUUAAAUUAAAUAAACUUACGAACUGAACUAUAUAUAUUCAAAUGUCAAAUCUAAA